UUCUUUUCCACUGAACGCGGCGACUUUUCUUUCUCUUCACACUAUACAUACACACGCUUUCUCUCUCUUUCUUUCUCUUUUUCUUUCUCACUACCAAAUACCAAACCCCAUUAAGGGAUUAACCCAAUCAAAAAUCUAUAUCACAUUCUUCUCUCAAUUCUCAAACCCAUUUCCACAUUCCGAUUAUCGGUCCAACAAGAUUAUGCUCCGAUCCUGUUACCGCCCUUUAGAGCGCUGUUUCGGCCGAUGGUGUACCGGCGGCGGUAGCGAUGCCCUUCUUUGGCAUACAGACUUGAAGUCCCAUGCCGCCGGUGAUUACUCGAUCGCCGUUGUUCAAGCUAAUUCUAGCCUCGAGGAUCAGAGUCAGGUCUUUACUUCUCCAUCUGGUAUCUAUGUGGGUGUGUAUGACGGCCAUGGUGGACCUGAAGCUUCUAGAUUCGUCAACAAACAUUUGUUUCCUUAUUUACAGAAGUUUUCUAAGGAACAAGGAGGACUGUCUACUGAUGUCAUAAAGAAGGCGUUUAGUGCCACUGAAGAGGAAUUCUUACGCUUGGUGAAGCGAUCAUUUCCGGUUAGACCUCAAAUUGCAUCAGUUGGUUCAUGCUGUCUUGUUGGUGCUAUUUCAAAUGGUGUUCUGUACGUGGCCAAUCUUGGGGAUUCCAGAGCUGUCCUCGGCCGAAAAGAUUCCAACAGCAAGAAAACUCAUGUAGUUGCAGAGCGUUUGUCUACUGAUCAUAAUGUAGGGGUUGAGGAAGUGAGGAAGGAGGUUGAAGCUCUUCAUCCGGAUGAUUCUCAUAUUGUGGUAUAUACCCGUGGAGUUUGGAGAAUAAAGGGCAUUAUUCAGGUGUCAAGGUCUAUUGGUGAUGUGUACUUGAAGAAGCCUGACUUUUAUAGAGACCCCAUUUUCCAGCAGUUAGGGAGCACUAUUCCUUUGAAGCGACCUGUAAUGACAGCUGAACCUUCUGUACUUGUAAGACAGCUUAGACCUCAGGACUUAUUCCUAAUAUUUGCAUCAGAUGGUCUCUGGGAACAAUUAAGCGAUCAGACAGCUGUAGAGAUUGUUUUCAAGCACCCCAGAGCUGGAAUUGCAAAGAGAUUGGUAAGAGCUGCUCUUCAAGAGGCUGCUAAGAAAAGGGAGAUGAGAUAUGAUGACAUUAAGAAAAUUGACAAAGGUAUAAGACGUCAUUUCCACGAUGACAUUACAGUGGUUGUAGUUUUUCUUGAUCGCCAUGAUAGCUCCGCAGACCAAAGGUUUAAACAGCAUACUGCCGGCUCCACAAUUUCACCGGUUGACAUCUAUUCGUUGAGUGGGGAUGGAUUGGAAGAAGAUAUGUAGAGGAAACUUACAUUUUUGGGGAAUAUUUAUAUCAAAAUCACAAGGAUCGUCUUCUUAUAUUGGUAGGAAGGUUUAUAUGGGUUGGGGGUAAGAAAAUCACAGAUGCACACACAAUCUUGUAGAUAAAUGAGUUUUACUAAUACAUGCUGACUGGUCUAGCUUGAAAGGGUUUUAAGCUUAUCAAGGAGUUAAUGAUGCGUUUUCUCAAUUAUUAUUUAAGGUUUUUGGUUGAGUGAAUUCAUAAAGAUCAAAUUCCAUUUUUUUUGUAAGUUUUAUCAUAAACUUAUUAUACAUGGUUAUUUGCAACUUAUGUUAAUAAUUUGAUUUUCAAUUUUCUUAGCCAAAAAAAUCUGCUUUUUAUUGUUGAUUCUGAUAUUUUACCAUUUUCACAAAACAUUAACUAAAUCUAGUGGUUUUGAGAGAAGCUGGUAUUGGUGUGUGCAAAUAAUCUGACCACUUGCUCCCUCAUAGUUUAUGCUGCCAUUUCCUAAUCCCUAUCAUAUUAUUCUUUUCGACAAUUUUCUUGCAUUGUAUUAAUAUUUUAGGGAAACCCAAAAAUAUAAGUAGUUGCUAAUUUUAGUUAGUUUAUUUAUUCAGAUAGAGUUGGAAUAUAUUUAAAAUGGAUUGGAUUAGAAAUUUGAAAAAUAUGUUAGUUUGGAUAAAAAAAAUGUAUCAUAUCUUUUCUUAUUAAAAAGAAA